UUUUUUUCUUUUCUUUUACUUUCAUGACUUCUUCCUUGACUUUUUCUUUUAACCCCUCUUUUGAAAACUAUGGUCAACUUGACCUUUAUUCUUCUCCUCAAGCAAAUACCAAAACUCCUUUAUUAGUCUUUAUUCAUGGUGGUGCCUGGCGUUCUGAAGAUAAACAAGAUCAUCGACAACUUGCUUUAGACUUUGUAAACCAAGGUUUUACAGUUGCUGUCACAAACUAUCGUCUUAGUUUACGGGAAACUCCAGAACAACAACCUAAAGUACAACAUCCAAAUCAUAUACAAGAUACAUUUGAAGCAUUAACAUUUUUAUACAACACUCCACCUACUCUUACGUAUGACAAAGAAAACGUAUUUCUUGUGGGACACUCAGCUGGAGCUCAUAUUGCUACUAUGUUAAUAUUGGAUCCUCAAUUGUAUAGCUUAUCUUUUAUUCGUGGUAUCGUAGGGGCCGAUGGGAUCUAUGAUCUUCCUUUAUUGUUACGCACUUUCCCCACGUAUUUAGAUUUCGUAAGUCAAGCAUUUGGUCCCGAUUCUACCACUUAUUUUCAAGCAUCUCCUAUCAGCAAAACUCCUCUUUUGUCUUCUCCUUCUUCUCUCCUGGUGCCCACUUUGAUUAUACAUAGUAUGGAUGAUCAAUUGGUCGAUGUUGCCCAAGCAAACUCUAUUUUUCAUCAUCUACAAUCUUUGAACAUGGAUGUUACUCUGGAUACAACUUCAGUCAAUGGUGAUCAUUAUGAUAUGAUAAAAUCUCAGGAUUUUAUUAUCACAGUCUCUCAGUAUAUCAACAAGAUCAUUCAAAAAAAUGCUAUAUAAUGAUAUGUAGUAGUAUUUUUUUUUUUUUUUUUUUACCAAAUAGAAU